GGGAAAAAAAGGCGAUACAUGUCAAAUAUUUUCAAGGCUGAAGUGUGAUGAUUUUAGUUUUUAUGAACGUGUUUUAACAAAAACUGCAAAUAAGAUAAAAUAUAAACUCUUGGAAAAUUCUUUAUUGUACUACUUCUUCGUCAAGUUAUAAAUGUGUGGCAAAAUAACUGUGAGUUGAAAAUAUAAACAUUGGAUGAGACGAAACGAACAUGGGUUAUUAUUGUACAGUCCCUCAGUGUACUUCGCUUGCCGGUAAAACAAAAAAUGUUAAAUUCCAUCGGUUUCCUCGUGACGAGGUUAUGGCUGACAAAUGGAACACAAUUUUAAAACGUGGAAAACCCAUAACAAAAUACUCAAAAGUUUGCAGUCUUCACUUUACUCAAGCCGACUACAACGUCACAACAAUGGGUAAGAAUAAAGGACAAUGGAAAACAUUAUCAAAAGAUGCUGUACCCUCACAAAAUCUCCCCAAACUGAACCCUGAUGGUACUGUUAUGGUAAUUAGGAAAAGUAGAAUAAUAAAUAAAUACAAGGAAAUUAAAAAGGAGGCCGCAAGUGACAGUGUAGAAAGAUGGUCACCUGGUGUUCAAAAGUCAGUGUCUUUGAAUUCCCAUGGGUCACUGCAUUCCACAGAACCACAAGAAAAUAUAUCGUUUUCAUAUCGUCUCCAAGCAAUAAAUGCAUUAGCUAAUAAUGUUUCUCCGCAAACCCAUGAUCAAUUAUCUCCACAACCGGUUAAACCCAAAAAACAAGAUGCCAUUAUGCAGACCGAUCCCAUUAAGGACGAGGAGGACAGUCAAAUGAAUACGAGUUACGAAACUGAAAAGUCUUAUUCGUCAGAUUUAGACUAUCAAUAUAAGACACAAGGAUUUCAGGAGAAGAGGUAUGAUCUACCAAAAGAUUAUAAAAAGGACAGUGAUUAUAUACCACAAACGAAUGACGAGUACAAUAAAGAGGCCGAGAAGUAUGCAUUAGAACGUAAAUCGCAUAACACGUUCGAUAAAAUGGAUUAUCAGAAGAGUAUGAACUUUGAAAAGAUGCCGGAAGUGUAUACGAAUUACAGCGAGAAGACGUUUGAGUCCAGACAGGAGUAUGUGUACGAGAAUCCGUAUCCUAACAGUGUCGAUACACUUCGUAAUCAGCAACAGAACAUUCAGCUGCUCCAACAGCACCACAGGCUCAGUGACAACCAGAAUUUCUUCAACGAGAAUCACAUAAAGCAGGAGAUUGAGUUCAACAAUGAAGAAGAUAAGUUUUUGUAUGAACACAAAAGUCAGCAUGUUACAGACUCUAACCCUGUAUUCGACGCGUCGCAGAGAAUGCAGCAGGUGGAGCAUCAAGUCAAACAGGAGCCAGAAGCUAACAGUGCAUGCGACACUGUACCCACGCCACAAGAAAGUCCGUAUUACAAUACGAGUGAACACAAUAUGGAUGUCUCAGGCUGCUACUCGCAAGUGUCUCGGCCCGGCCCCGAGCUACUGAUAGCUAAGCAAAACGCCCUCGCUGCGCAUACGCAACUAUGGCAAAACACUAUGAAGCGGCCAUUUUUCUACAGCGAGAACCCAAGGUACAAUACGCCCCCUAUUAUACAUAGAUAUGAGGACCUAUCCAGAAUUCUCCAGUAACUGAGUGACAUUCCAAAGUAUAGGUAUGUUGAGUUUUGGCUCGGCAUCUCGACAAUCUCUAUAUUGUAAUGAAUUUUUGUACUAUACAUUAUUUUUGUUAAUAUGCGCUAAAUAUUUACUUCAAGAUGUUUGACCAAUAGUACAGUUUUAUAAAACUAUCAGAUGCUGGUUAAUGCUAGCACAAAUUUUAUGCCCUAUUUUUUUGCUAUAUUUUUCAGGUUUUUGAUAAAUUUGAUUUUGACCUCCAUUUUGUUAAAUAAACCUCAGCUGGUUAACCUGUAACAGCUAUAUUAAUAAUUAAUUAUACAUCUUGUUUUCAAUAUAAAAUAGGGUA